GGGGCGGCGCGACGCGACAUGGCGGCGGCGGCGGCGCGGCCGGUGGACUGCCACUGCCACCUCGCCGCGCCCUGCUUCCUGCCGGACGUGGCGGCCGUGGUGCGGGCGGCGGAGCAGGCGGCGGUGUCGGCGCUCGUCGUGGUGGCGGAGCACGCCGGGGAGUUCGCGAGGGUCGCGGAGCUCGCCGAGAGGUUCCCGGGGUUCGUUUUGCCCUGUCUGGGAGUUCACCCCGUGCAAGACGUCUCGCCGGAGGAGCAGCGUAGCGUUACUCUGAAGGAUCUGGAUGCUGCACUGCCACUUAUAGAACACUAUAAAGAUAAAUUGGUAGCAAUUGGAGAAGUUGGACUAGAUUUCACUCCCAGAUUUGCCAGCACGGAUGAACAGAAGGAAGGACAAAGACAGGUUUUGAUCAAGCAGGUUGAGUUAGCAAGAAGACUGGAUUUGCCUUUAAAUGUUCAUUCCCGCUCAGCUGGAAGACCAACCAUUAAUCUGUUAAUGGAACAAGGUGCUGGGAAUGUGUUACUCCAUGCAUUCGAUGGGAAGCCAUCCGUAGCAAUGGAGGGGGUGAAAGCUGGAUACUACUUCUCCAUCCCUCCUUCCAUUAUAAGGAGUGAACAGAAACAGAAGCUUGUGAAACUCUUACCUCUGGAAAGCAUAUGCUUAGAAAGUGACUCUCCUGCUCUGGGGCCUGAAAAACAGGUAAGAAAUGAACCAAAAAAUAUUUACAUUGCUGCAGAAUGUAUUGCCAAAAUUAAAAGAAUACCAGUGGAAGAAGUUAUAGAAGUGACAACACAGAAUGCACUGAAAGUAUUCCCCAAACUUCGGAACUUCCUUCGGAUAUAGGCUUAGCAUCACAUAAAAUCUGAAAUAAAUUAUGUUGUAGAA